AUGAGUCUCCCAGUGGUCCUCCCGGUGGUCCUCCCGGUGGUCCUCCAGCUGUGGACCUUGUUGCUGUUCGGGACUUUCUCCUCGGCGGACGUCUCCAUGGCCAGAGUUCUGAGGGGCAACUUCCGGAGAGACGACUUUUACCGCAGAGAGCUGAACGUCACGGUGACGCCGGUGGGCGGAGCCAUCCACAGCCCGCGCUUCCCCAGCUCCUACCCCCGAAACCUCAUGUUGUCAUGGCGACUGACGUCACCGCCGGGGAGCCGCAUACACCUGGAGUUCGACCGGCACUUCGGACUGGAGGAGGAUGAGAACGGAGUGUGCAGGUACGACUUUGUUGAAGUGGAGGACCAAUCAGAGACCAGCACUAUCAUUUGGGGUCGCUGGUGUGGCCAGAAGGCUCCGCCCACUCUCAACUCCAAGAGCAACAGCAUCAGAGUCACCUUCAAGUCGGAUGAUUACUUUGUGGCCAAGCCGGGAUUCAAAGUGUGCUACUCCCUGAUGUACGACUCCCUGCUGCCUGCAUCCAACAGCAACUGGGAGGCGGUCACUCUGCCCAUGUCGGACCAGCCAGGAGGCAGGAGGACGGCUGCCUCCACUGAGGCCCCCCUCUCUCUGGAGGACUUGGACCGUUCCAUCGCGGCCUUCGACACCGUGGAGCAGCUGCUCAGAACCCUGAGCCCGGACACCUGGAGGCAGGACCUGGACAGCAUCUACACCCAGACCCACAUCCAGUACCGGGCCAGGGCCUACCACCUGGCCAGCAGGCACAGCAAAGUCGACCUGAACCGUCUCCACGACGACGUGAAGCGCUUCAGCUGCACGCCGCGCAACUCCUCGGUGAACCUGCGCGAGGAGCUGAAGGCCACCGGCGCCGUGUUCUUCCCCCGCUGCCUGCUGGUCAAGAAGUGCGGCGGCAACUGCGGCUGCGGAACCCGGGACUGGACCAACGGCUGCGGCUGCGAGGCGAACAAGAAGACGCUCAAGCUGCACGAGGUGCUGAAGUACACGCCGGACGUCAGUCUGUAUCGGCGCCAUCAGAAGCCGCGUGUGCGUUGGGUCAUAAACGAGAUCUUCCUCACGCACCACGAGACCUGCGAGUGUGUGUGUCCAUCCCAGCCGCCUCGCUGACACACACACACACACACACGCACACACACACACACACAUCAUGCAUCUGGAAUUGUUGGACAAGGACUGUCAGACCGUCGCUUGCAUUACACACGCAUGACUCAGCAAGUAAAACCUUCAGGACAAAACUUUAAACGCACAAAUGUUUCCAGACAAACGUGUUUUAUAUUUAACUUUCUUUUCUAUUUUUUUCAAAAAGUUUUAGCCGUUUCAAAAAUCUGAAGUUUUUUCUCUGAUAACCAAAAUUAAAAGAUAUUUUGGGCAGAAUCUUUUUUUUUUUUUCAUACCGUAGUCCACUAAAUAUUUGUAUUAGAAUUGCAUCAAAUAUGCAAACAUUUAUAUUUCAGGAUUUAAAAACCAACGUGAUUGUAUUCCAUCUCGUGUGUGUGGAGUUCCUUUAUAUCAUGAAGAGAGUGUGAAAAAUAUGAAGCGUGAGA